GAGUAUCAUAUAAAAUUUGUCGGUGGCAAGCAAGCUCCUUGCCAUGUCAUCCUCAAGGAAGCAGCAGGCGUCUCACGAGGGCCUGCCAACCCAACAAUCUCCUUCGUCGAAGAAAUGGAUGGCCAAGAUGUCCUCCGCGCGGGCUUCUCUCAAACGUCUAACGAUCGGCAACUUUCCGCAAUGCAUCUUCAAGCCGACACGUGUCCACUCAGUAGAGGCCGGCGAUUGCCUAGAGCUCAUCGCCUCCACGUACGGGACCACGGUCGAGUCUAUCAAGAGGCUGAACAAAAUUGAAGGUGACGUCAUUGUCGAAGGCAGUGUUUUAUAUAUCGACAAGCGCAUUCCCAUUCCGACACGUCGGGGGAAGAGAGAGAUUGCAAGCCGUCCGAUUCCGAGAUUGAGAAAAGCGAACGCUCAGGAAAGGAACGCGACGAUGAUGGAAGACCUUGAAGCGGAAGCGGCGGCGAAUUGCCAUUCGCUGGACUCUAGCACAGCAGCUGCUUCAGGCAGCGGUGCAUCUGCACUUGACCUCAGGUCGUCAAGAUUAGGCGGAACGAGGAGACAUCAUCAAGGCUCAAGGCUGAGAACAGUAAGAGUUCGUUUCGGCGAUACGCUGGCGGGCAUAGCACAGGCGAACGGGCUCCAAGCGGAGGAACUGCAAAGGCUAAAUAACUUGCGCGAUGAUUCUAUUAACGAAGGCGAUGUCCUGGCACUGGGUGAGAGUGGUUGUAGCGAUGAUCAUGCUGGAGAGAUUCGCCGAGGAGCGAGACGGACCUAUCGACCUCUCUUCUCGCGACUAAGUGAUGGUGGAGGAGGGGACACCGCCAAUCAGCAGACGGGAACCGGAGGGCCAGAGGUAACCCAGCUUCCGUACCGAGGCGUAAUAAGGAAGAGUAUCAGUCACCGAAGAAAGUCUCAGGCAUCGUCAGAGUGUAGUAAGGUAAAGGUUGGAGGGAGGUGGAAGGCGGGGGGGACGAAAACCGUGCGGCGAUCGCCGAGUGUCUCAUCGUUGGUGUUUGGUCCGCCGGUCAGGCCCGCAGAUGGAUUCGUUAGCAGUCCGUUCGGAUGGCGCUGGGGAGCUUUUCAUGAGGGAGUUGAUCUGGCCGCUGCGCAGGGGACACCCAUUUUGGCUGCCAAUCGUGGGGUCGUCACAUUCGCAGGUUGGAGCGGAGGGUAUGGGUACCUGUUGACUAUCCAGCACAAUGGGGGGUUCUCCACUCGGUAUGGGCAUUGCUGUGCUAUUCACUCUCGUGUCGGGCAGAAAGUCGCCAGAGGGCAACAAGUUGCUGCAGUGGGAUCAACGGGGCAUUCCACGGGACCUCAUUUGCACUUCGAAGUCAGAAGAAACGACGAGGCACUGGAUCCGUUGGAUUGGGUUGGCCUCUGAUGUAUGUGGUUAGGUUCUCCAUCCCCCCCCYCCCCCCCCUCCUCCUCCUCACAGGCCCCCUCCAAAAAAUACAACUGAUUCCAAAAUGUCUCGUCCUUCUUCGCUUUCUAAGUUAUACUAUUAGCUUUGUUUGAAUUUUAUUUAUUGAUUCUGCUAGAUCCGUUGGGUUGGGUCAGCCUAUGGUGGAUGCGGAUAAGUUAUAUGCUUCGUUUUGCUUAAUAUUGAUUCUGCUAUUGAAGCCGAAUUAC